GUAUUCGAUGUUGACUAUCGCCUCUUUGUCAGCACCAGGGAUGGCAGCAUCUUCUCAAUAAAAAGAGAUCAAACGAAAAAGGAGAAACCUAUAAUAUCAUGCAAGACCGAUAUUGUCAGCUUUGCAAGAGUUAACAAAAUGUUGGCGGUGGCAACCUCGGACAACACGCUUCAUUUCUAUUCAUUUUCUGGUAAAUGCAUGAACACAGUCAACAUUGGAGAGCCGAUCAAAGGACUUGAGCUUUUCCAUUAUGCCCCAAAGCAGUUUGAGGGCGUGCUCGUGCUUUUGGAGAAUCAGGUGCGCUUGUAUACACACCUCCACCUUCUAGAUAUUGUGAAGAUUGACAAACCUCUCUCUUGGAUGAAAUUUGGCCAGUUUGGGAGAGAAGAAGGUGCUUUGGUUCUCGGAACAAGAGAUGGCGGCCUACUCGUAAAGCUUUUCCGCCGUAAAGCUUCGCUGGAUGAACGACUCGACAUUGCAGCUCCUCCAAAAGCUUACAAUAUCAAGCUGAACAUCCCCAAGAAGAGCAAGAUUUUCAUCGAUCAAACUGUUCGUGAAAGAGACAACGUUAACCAGAUACAUCAAACGUAUCAACGUGAUUUAUUCCUUAUCAAGUAUCAUGCUACAAAAGCGUUCGCAGCUAUGGCGUCGACGUCUACCGCUUCGAUCUCGACCGAUCCGAAACAUGCGGUGGACAUCGCUGUUACCGUGAACGGGUUUGGGCCAAAGUUCCGUCUAACGGUGAAGCUGAGCUGUGCAAUGAAAGUGCCACUCUACAGCCUUUGGCUAUCAAUGGUGUACUCACCAAAAAUCUACAACUUUGAAGAGACGCUGAUUCCAAUUUCCAUACUCAUGCCUGGACAUUUUUACACAUUCACUACUUUGGUGGAAUGUAUCGAACCUGAAAAGGGAAUUUCUGAGGACAUCCGAGUACUUCUAGUCAAACAGGACAAAUCAACGCCAAUUGUCACAGCCAUUGUCACAAUGCCUACGAGUGAAAUGAGCUUGUUGGACUGA